AUGUGUGUGUGUGUGUGUGUGUGUGUGUGUAGAUAUAGAUAUGAUUUGAUAGAGGGGAGGAUGCUGGUUCUUUUAUUUAUAUUUAUUUAGUUUUUUAAAGACUAUUGAUUCUUCACCAUAAAACCAAAUCUAAACUGGUGUAAACCAAAUUUCUUUUAAGGGUCAAGAUGAGAAAUAGGAAUCUAUUGUCAUCUCUGGCUUUGUCAUGCUUACUAUCAUUAAUGAUACAUAUUAUUACACCAUGAUGCCUAACCUAAAAUUUAUUGUGGUAAUACAAGUGACAAUGUUAUCCUACAGUGCAUAUGUUAGAGGUACAUCUUAUCUAUAAUCAUAUUCUUAUUUCUUAUAUCUAUUAAAAAUUUUAUCAUUUGAAUUUUCUCAAUAGACAUUUUAAUUAUUACCACUACUCAUCCAUUCUAUUUUCUCAGUAAUUUAAUUUGUUUAACUUUUAUGUCCUAAUGUUAUAGUAUCCUCACUAGAGGUAUGACUUUUGGUUUUAACUAUUUUCUUCUUUUUAUGAAUGGUGGGAACUUAUGAUGUGUGUUUGGCUUCUGAUAAAAUGUAUGAAAAAGUAGGGAAAAUGAAGUUUUGUGGCUUAUGAUUGUUUGUUGUUUUGGUUUCUUGGAAAAUAGGAAAGCUCAAAUUAACUAGGCUUAAUUGGUUUACUGAAAAAUCUGAGAGGUGAAGCUUUGGUUUUUCUUUUCUUUCAUUUUCUUAGCAGCCAAACAAAGGAUGUGUUCUAAUUCAUCUUAAACCAUCUGUAAAAUAUUUGUUGUGCAUGAUAAAUGCAAAGGAGUCCCAAUCAUAUUAUUGUAUUGAUUUAGUUUCCUCCAGGUUUAAAUCUUCUAAGGAACUUGGGUUUCAGUGGAUAUAGCAGUUCAUUGGUGGCUUUAAGGGAGAAUUUGAUGUUAUUAUAAUCACUCAUUGAGAAGUCUGUUCAUGAAGAUGGGGUCUGGCAACUGAGGUUUCUUUGGAAAGUGGCUUUGGAGUUAGGAUUUCAGAAGGUGUGCUCCAUGGUGUAUUUAAGAGCAGCAACCAUAAUAAUUUUGGUGAAAAAAAUGUAGAUAAAGGAAAGAGGAGGAAACUGAUUUGGUUGUCAAUGCUGCUGAUUUGGCACUUAGUAUGAGUAAUGAUGAAUAUGCCAUUCGACAUACUAGAAGGGCACAUUUGGAAAGACCGGCAGCAGAAGAAAGGGAGGGAAGAAAAGAAAAGACGGAGAAAGGUGCAGUUUUGGGUUCUGAUUUUUUGUUCUAUAAGGUAGAUUAAAGCACUGAUGCAAAAAUGCCUAAUGUUUUGAAGAAAUUACGACAAAGAUACCAGGAUGUGGGUAUGAAGUGGGAGAGAUGGUGUGGGGAAAGGUGAAAUCACAUCCUUGGUAGCCAGGGCAGAUACUUGAUGAAGGUUUUGCAGAGCCUGCUGCACGCAGGACAAAGCGAGAGGGUCAGGUAUUGGUUUCUUUUUAUGGCGAUGAUAGCUAUGGAUUGUUUGACCCUGUGGAACUUAUUCCAUUUGAUUCUCACUAUGCUGAGAAAUCUAAACAAACUAAUGCUGAUGCUUUUGUGAGAGCUGUUGAAGAGCUGUGAUUGAGGUCACUCGAAGAGCGGCACUUAGGGUUUUGUGUAAUUGUUGCACGCUUAAUAGCUUUUUGGCUACUUCUAUUGAAGGGUUUUAUUCAGUUCAUGUGAAUGGGUAUAAACAUCGGGGGUUGUAUUCAGCAAAGCAAAUUGAAAGGGCCAGAGAUGAGUUUCAACCUAUUGAGAUGCAUUCUUUUGUACGUGCAUUGGCCGUGAUGCCAAAUAGUAAUGCAGAAAGAAGCAUUGAUUGAAUUAAGAAUGUGUCUACCAUUCUUGCUUAUAGGAAGGUUGUUUUUGAGGAGAUUGAUGAGCCACACUUCCAAGCAUUUGGGGUUCAAAUAUGUUUCUGGCCAUUUAAUGGGCUCAGGUCAGCAGGAAAAGGUGUCAUCUCAAGGCACUUACUGUGAGGAGUCGUCAUCAAGACUCAGAGGGCUGAAGUUAUUAGAGAUGGGAAAGACAUACGGCAACCAGAAGCCUCUGCAGGCUCAGGGAGGAAAUCUGAAGGAGAUGAAUACAAUGGUUCCAGCAAAGCCAAUGAGUAAUAGCAAGCUAGGAGAUGUGAUCAGGGUUGCUGAACCUACACUGGAUUGGAAGGUGGUGAUGAGCACAAGAGUUCUAAGAAAGGCAGUAAAUGAUAAGAAGCUAGAAGCUCAGGUCCAGACUGUUGAACCUACAAUGGGCCAAAAGGAUAUGAGUACAGUAGUUCCAAGAAAGCCAAUAAAUGAUAAGAAGCCAGAAGAAGCUCGGAUUGGGGCUGCUGAACCUACAAUGUUAAUGAUGAAGUUCCCUCCUGAAACAACUCUGCCCUCAAUUCCUGAGCUGAAAGCAAAAUUUGUAAACUUUGGGCCUCUUCAUUCCUCCGCCACUCGUGUAUUUUGGGGCUCCUCAACAUGUCAGGUUGUGUUCAAAUACAAGCGUGAUGCCCAGGAAGCACAUGCUUUUGCCACCCAAAACAGUUCCUUUUUUGGCAGUCCGAAGGUUAAUUAUCAUCUGAGAGCCUAUGAAUUGCCAGCCUCUCAAUUACCCGAAUCAGGCAAGAUGGUUUUGGAGAACACAUUUAAUUUGGAUCCAAUAUUGAAGUCCACAAAUGUAGCUGCCUCUCUCACCUGCCAUUCCUCCCAGAUUCCCAAUGUGCAGAAGCAUAGUGAAGCUGGUCACUUGGACAAAGCUCCUAUCAUGAAAUAUGACCCAGCCCGAUGCAGGCUGUAAUGUCCACGCCUCGGCCCCCAACCCAACAGAUUUCUCGCGUAGGAUGUUAGACCUUCUGAAGAGGUGUGAAGACACUGUUGGUCGAAUCAAGUCACAAGGAUAUAACACCUACCAGCCUCCCUAAUGAGACCCACCAGACUCCAGCUUCCCAUCUGCAAUGGCCGUGGAUCUUCAUGUACAACUGUACAAGGACUGAAAGAGCAGAGUUGAUACUUGAAGAAACUGUCAGAAAGAUUGCAGACAAGGAGGAUGUGGGUACGUUGAUCUGUUUUCUGGGUAGUCCUGCACAUGCCCACUACCCUAUAUAUUUGGACAUAAACAUGAACGUUUCAUAUUCUGGUUUUUAUAGACUCCGUAGAAAUGUGGUACAAAAAGUUUACUGGGUUUUUAAAUUUGGAUUUUUGGUCGAUUGAGAAA